ACGUGUUGAUUUUCAUAAUAAAAGGAUCUGUUGCCUGGCCCUUGUCUUCUGUUGUUACAUUUGGUGUCGCUGCCUACCGACAAAUGAAAAGCCUAUACCCUGCAGUUUUUGAUGGAGACAUAUGGAUCUUCGGGCAGGACUUCAAGGCUUCUGCGCAGUUGAGUGGCGUUCAAGAUCUGUCAGCGAUGGAGCUGCUACUUGAGACGCUGCUGGGAGGUCGGGCGAAAGCAGCAUAUGAAGGUGUGGGCCGAAGUAUGGACGAAUGUUCGACAGGGUCAGGCAAACAGUUUCCAAAGUGGGAAGGACCAUAUAUGGUCACUUCGAGAUGGGGUUACGCAGACACAGUCGCAAUGGCGAACAAUGAGAGGCGCGUGAACGUCAACGAGCUCCAGAAAUGGAUACAGCGAGACAAGCCAACGAUGACGCCUGCACCAAGUAGAUCAAGCCGACUUCAGUCGCACGUAUUUGACGGGGGGACGAGUGUGGUGAGAGCAGGCUGCUAGCCGAUUGGUUGGCACUAAUCUACGUUAAGGUCUAGGUCACUAAUAUGGGCCGUGAGAAAAUAUGAACAAGCCUGAGUCAACAACCAAUCACAGCAAAGUUAACGUGGCAAAAUAUGAUUCGCAGAUAGAGAACUCUAUUUGUCAAGGAAUCCCGAAACAACCAAUCAGAAGCCUGUGUUUGUCUACCUAAACAACCAAUCAGAUGACUGCGCUUGUCUAUAAUAAUGUAGUUGAAAGAUGC